GACAGCGUUAUUCAGCGUACAACCUUCGAACCGGAAGUGUCAUGGAAGUUUUGUAAAUGCGGUAUGAAUCUGUUUUGAUGCUUGCAUUUGGUAUGAACGACUCUUACUUUUUACGAAGCUAAUAGGCAUCCUCAUUUCACGAUGGAUAACAGGAGACGACACAGAGAAUCUCCUGUCCGGGAUGUAAAGACAAAAAUUAAGCAAGAAAAAGUGAGUCCCGCGCGGCCUCCGCGGGUCCGCCGAUCCAGUUCAGGCUCCAGCCGAGGAAGCAGCAGCCCUCCGCCGAGACGACGAGACAGCAGAUCACCUGUCAGAAGAAAGGACAGGUCGCCAGCGAGGAGAGACCGUUCAUCGGGCAGACAGCAGGAGAGGUCACCUCGACCCCGGAGAAGUAGAAGCCCGCACCGCAGCACUGACGUUAGGAUAAAACGCGAGCAAGAUGACCACAGAGGAUCUGAAAGCCAUCGGCAUCGUGAGAGAAGGGAUGAUUCAGAUGAUCGCAGGAUGAAAAGGGAGGGAGAGCGGCCUCGGCAAAGAGAGCGAGACAGAGAACCAAACAGAAAUAGAGGAAGAGAACGGGAGGCCUACAUACAACAGCAACAGCAGGCUGAGAGAGAACGGCAUAAUGAACGGCGGCGGGAGAAUCGCCUCAGACAGGAGGCUCAGAGUGGCAGUGGGAAUGAGGAGCAGGAGUUUGGCGCUGAAAACACUGGUGAUUCUGCACCUGCAGCCGAGAAGGAAAAGCCCAACUUUGAACUAUCAGGUGCCUUGGUGGAAGACACCAAUACAUACAGGGGGGUGGUGAUCAAGUAUAACGAGCCUCCCGAGGCCCGGAUCCCUAAACGAAGAUGGCGUUUGUACCCUUUUAAGAAUGACGAGCCGCUUCCAGUCAUGUACAUCCACAGACAGAGUGCGUAUCUACUUGGACGACAGAGGAAGAUUGCAGACAUUCCUAUCGAUCACCCGUCUUGUUCCAAACAGCAUGCUGUUUUUCAGUACAGAUUAGUGGAGUUCACACGGGCGGAUGGCACCAUGGGCAGGAGAGUGAAGCCGUACAUCAUCGAUCUGGCUUCUGGUAAUGGAACAUACCUGAACAAUCAGCGUAUAGAACCUCAGCGUUACUACGAGCUCAAAGAGAAGGACGUGCUGAAGUUUGGCUUCAGCAGCAGAGAGUAUGUGCUCCUUCAUGAGUUCUCCGACACAGCCGAGGUUGACGCAAAGAAGGAGGAUGAAGAGGAUGAAGAGGAUGAAGGCCUGGAUGAGUAGUUCUCGCCUCAACGUUUACCAAAGUUACCUGUUUUCUGCUGGACUCUUUAAAAGAGUUUCAUCGGUAGGAACAGGACCAGCAUGAAUUUAUUAAUUCAGAAUUUCCUUAUGGACAAUGAAGGAAUCUCACUUCAGCCUGCCCAAGUUGUCUGUAUGACUCUAUUCUCAGGUGGAUAGUUUUGUAUCCCAUUAAACUGUGUGUACAGUGUUGUUCUUCAAAGUAAGUGCUCACUGCCAGAACUAAUUAAUCUUCAAAAAACAUAUAUUUUGGAUACUCUUGAAGAAGUGCACAUAAUGUCCAGAUUUGGUUACUGUAAAUAUACUGGAUGUAUUUGGAUGUAUUUAGUGUGUGGUCUUUGUGACUAGACACAUUCUGUGUCCUGGUUAGUUAACUAGUCUUUUUUGCGCCGUUAGAUUAUCAUCCUCAUGGUUAUGGAGACUCAUUUGAAUAUUGCUAUACAAAAGAUGGCAUUUUACUUUAGAUAUUUCCUGUUCUCUCACAGUACGUUCAUAAUUGAUUUUUAGAUGUUUUGUAUUGUAAAAUAAAGAUGGAUAAUAACGAA